AUGACUGCCACAAUCCCCAGUCUACUCUUAGCGCUUGCGGUACAGGUUUACGCUGCAAAAGCGCCCCCUGGACACGAGUGGCAUGCCCCAGGUGCCGGAGACGUCCGAUCACCCUGUCCCGGAAUCAAUACUGCAGCUAAUCAUGGUUUCAUUCCUCGCAGCGAAAAGAACAUCUCAGUCGCUCAAGUUGCAUCCGGUCUCCUCGAAGGACUCAACAUUGGACUAGACUUCGGGCUAGCGGUUGGUCAAACGGCGACCCUAUCCAACGCCAACCCUUUAGCAGGAGUGUUCAACAUGGACGACCUCCGCGAGCACAACUUCCCGCUCGAACACGAUGUCAGCCUGUCGCGGCAGGACUUCUACCAGGGCGACGAUCUUCAUUUCAACCAAAGCGUCUUCGACCAGGUGCUCGCUUACUACGACGGAGCAACGCAUACGACGUUCCAACGCGGAGCGAAAGCUCUCUGGAACCGCCUGGUUCUGAGCUUAGCUGAGACGAGUUUGUACAUGAGCUUGAUGGGAAAUCCAGUGACCGGGGAUGCCCCAGUCGAUUGGGUCAAGAUCUUCUUCGAGCAAGAGCGACUCCCUUAUGAAGAGGGCUGGGUCAAACCAAGCCAAAUCAACUUUGCAACACUCGGCGCCAUGGCCGGUCAACUGCUGCUGGCGGAUCCGCUGGAUCCCAUCGCGGAAGGGCUCAAUUUUGAGCUGGUCCAGGGCGCGGUCAAAGACGUAUUUCAGCUCAGAGACCCAAUCACCGGCGUCUUGAUCAACGCUACAUGUGCUUUGGCGGGCCUGUGCUGA